UGACAUGGUAAUUUCCUGCCCGGACAUGGCAUGUUUGCAUUAUUCAUGACAAUCGAAGAGUGGUUGUGCAACACAAAGGAUAAGAUGUGAAGACUGAGAAAUGGGGGCCGAAACGGAUCUUCAUAGGUUGGUAGAUUUGGCAUUGCGCUCUCCGGAUGCAGGUGUCGUGAACUUCAAUCAUCUUCACUCUCUUCUUCACGCCAUUUUGAAUCACAUCGGCUUGAGUUAUGACCCGCAGAAUGGAGUGCUAAAUACUCAGUCAGCUGCUGCUCCUGAUGAAGGAAAUGACAAAGGUACUUCAUUCGAGCAGUUAAAUGGACCAGGUAAAGAAAUUUCCGACGCUGACAAUUCCAAUCGUGAUGAUAAUCGCCUGGUUCAGACAACAAUUCAGUUGGACCAAAGAGGCCACUUCGACAGGUUUGAUAAGCUUUUAGUUUGCCACACUUUUAUUACAACUAUAGUUGUUCGAAUAUGCAUAUGUAGCUUAAGCUGUUAAAAUGGUGUUUCUGUGACACUUUAUUGUUCCAUUUCAUCACAAACACCGUUUUGUCGAGCGGUAUACAACAGCGAAAUUUGUAAACCUUGAUCAGCGAACCGUAAGCGUGUCAUGAUAACAAGGCACUUCGUUCUGUUUAUCACUUUACCGGGCAUUACUUUUAGUGUUCUUUUGACAGAUAGUGUUGUGGAUGUUAUAAAUUAUUCAGAUAUCGCUUUAAUAGCGUUUUCACGACUAAAAGUUAACGAUCUAAAAUGGUUUGUCGGUGUGCAGAGCUGACUUUUCGAGAGCAUCUUUUCACGAUGAAGUAUUUCCCUUGUAAUCGCGCGAAAAUAGCUCAUAUUCUUAAGCGGAUUUUCACUAAUUGCAUGUUACAUUCAUUAUCAACAAUGACGGUAAGCGAACAAAAUCCAGCCAUUUUUACAUGCAGCCGGAGGGUUCAUUCUCUUUACGUAUUUUGAUUAAAAGUAAAACCUUGAAUUGAUCUCCUUUGUUGCGUGAGAAUUUUACUGGACAACUCCUCAGAAAGACCGAAAUAGUUAAAAAUAUUCAACAAAACGCUACAUUCUAUGAUUUGUUGACGGUUCAAAGUAUUUGUCGUCGUGGAAACGAAGACAUUUAAAGUUAAUGUUUACUUUGUAUUUGUUCAGUUAGGUGCUCAUAAAUAACUUUACAGUGAAAUUUCAAUUUUUCUUUUUUUGUUACUUUGCUUCAGUCUUUCAGUUUUGAUUAGAGAGAACUCCGUUCAUAAUUUCAGCUAUGCAGAUGUUUUGGGAGAGGUUGAAUAUUGUAGCAACUUUGCAGGGGGCUUAUUAGGUUGACUUUACUUUCAUUUACCUAAUAUUCAUAAACACUUGACAGUGUUUGCAGUGGGACGAAAGCCAAACUAUUGUUCUCUUUAGUUAUUUUUGCAAACAAUGGUUGGUGGAAUUAUCUGUAAGUUUCAGCAAAUCAAGGUAGAGAGUAUGACUAGACUUGCACUUGAAUAGGCUUCAGUUUCUAGACUUUCCUUAAAAAAACCAAAUCAUUUAUAGAAUUUUGUGCCAUUCAUGGUAAGUUGAUGAACUUAACUGAGAGGAAAAAAUGCAUGUAAGGCCUGUUAAGCGUCUUAAAUAUGUAAAUGUCAUUAGUCUAAAAACCUGGAAUGGUUUCGAAUCUUUGUUUCCAAUUUCUUAAACCAAUUACCUAUACUAGUUUGAAUCAGCAAUGCAGUUUUUCAACUGUAGCCCCUUGUGGACUGAAAAUAAAUAGCAGUUUGAGAGAUAAUUCAUCACUCUUAGUUUAAUUUUUAGUACUUUUAGGCGAUCUUAUUACCACAGUAUUUAUCUCCUGCAUGAAUUAAAAAUUAAAAUGAGCCAAAUUAGUAGUGUAAGGUUAUUUUUGAUGCAGAGGGCAGAGCAAGUUGAUUCACCACUUCAUUAAUCCAUCAUCCAUUUUUGUUGUUUCCUCGGAUUUUGAAGCCACUUAUUAAUUUGGAAGUUCUAUUUACCUUUUUUAGCACAUUUUGUGGAUUUUUCUGGGAAGCACAAAUUGUAUAUAAUCCCUCCAUAUCACUUGGACAUGAACUUCAAAGCCAUUCUUUAGAAUUAUUUGAUAAGCAAUCUGAACUUUGAUUUGAUUAUUGUGAAGAAUAUUUUAUUUUAUGUCUGUUACUCUUGUUUUGGCAAUUUUUGAUAAUGAAGUUAGUUUGAAUUCAGUUUGCAGAUGAGGCAACAAAACCUUGAGAAUAAAGUUCAAGAACUAGAGGACAAAUUAAAAAUCCUUGAUAACCUACCAUCCACUCAGUUUAUAAUUGAACAGGCACAAAAAAAUUCAACAAGUGUAACCCAAGAUGAUGGAUCCAAUCAAAAUGUGCUUUCUGGAAUGUGGCAGUUUAUGAAAUUUAACAGCAGGCUCCAGGCUACAGAAGAAGGUAUUGAUAGAAUAAUGACAAUUUUGAAUGAAUUUCUUGGGGGUGAUGGAAAAGGAAUCAGUAGAGUCAAAGAUGAAGUGGAGGAUAUUGCCAGUGAACUAAAAAACCUGAAAGAAAGAUUUCUUGGUCAAAAGCCAUUUGAGGAUGAUAACCUUGGACAGAGUCUGUCUGCAAGGAAAUCCCAUGAUGCGGAGAACUCUCAGUUACUGCAGCAAAGGAUGCAUUCUCUUGAAAAACAACUUCAGGAUAAAUUUGUGACCAAGGAUGACUUGUCAGUGUAUGUUAAAUGGCCUGCCCUAGAAGAGGCUUUGAAUGUAAAGAAAUCAGACUUUGAAAGGAAAUCUAAAGAGGAGGGUGGUGUUUUAGGAAAGGAACAAGGCUUUAUGUUAGGAAAUGGGCAGAGCAGUGUUUUGGAAAAGACAUUUGAUCAUCUUGAAAGUGAAAAUAAGGCAUCAGAUACAGAGUCAGAUGGGCGUCCACAGAGUGCUCCAGUGCCAUCUACCCAGCAGACUCCAGUGCAGACACCUGAGGUCCCUAAGACAGCUUUCACAAGGAGCACACAGGUUUGACUGUAAUAUGUAUGAUACAUUUUAUGUUGGCCUAUCAGAAUCAAUUAAAGCCAAUUUUGUUGUUAAGUGAAUACUGGUUUGAAAAGCUGAUGGUAAGACUAGACUUGAAAAUGUGUUCUUGAAAAUUGUUUACAUAUGUGCAUUUGUAUACACUGUACUUGUAUGCUACUUUAGUUUUGGUAAAGUUCAACUGUCAAAUGAGUGAUGGUCAUAUCAUUCCAGGAAAGAGCUAAACAUUUGCCUUACAACAUUAUUUUCACUAAACCAUUUUUCUGAUCAUCAUCAUCAUUAGGUCAAGCUUGCUCGGUAUUCCAUGACACACUCCCUCCACCUUUCUCUGUCUUCCAUUGCAAUUGGUACUUUUUCAAUUCUGCAUCCUGUGUCAUCCAUCAAUUGGUCAAUGUAGGUCUUUUUUGGGGCGUCCUCUUGGCUGAUGUCCUUGUGUUGGCUUCCAGAGUAAUACAUCCCCUGCUUGUUCUUCUUUACUGCACCAACAAUGUCCUGCAAAUCUCAUCCUUUGUUGCUGUAGCAAUUUACUGAUUGGUGGGAUGUGGCCAUAGAGCUCUACAUUUGUGGGGUGGUCCUUCCAUGAUCUGUUUAAGGCAGUGCAUAGCAUUCUAGUGUUUGCUCCAUCGAUUUUCUUUUCCAGAUGUGUUGUUAAGGUCCAGGAGACUGAACCGUAUAAAAGGACGGUCUCCACUGCUGUUUGAAAGAAGUUUCUCUUCAGGUUGUCUGGGAGGUUUGAUUUCCAUAUCUUGCCCAGUUCAUUUAGAGCAUCCCACACCUUUCCUAGUCUGAUGUUAACAUCAUGUUUGAUAGAGGCGAUGUAGCUUCCCAGGUAUUUAAAAUCUUCCACUUGCUUUAUCUUCUCACCAUUGAGACUCUUCAUCCCUUCUGAUGCAUCUUGAUUGAAGCAGAUGAACUCUGUUUUAUCUGCAUUGAGGUAGAGCCCUAUCUCCUUUGCUAUUCUUUCAAUGCUAUGCAGCAGGAAUGUUGCAUCUUUUAGGACGUCAGCCAGCACUGCUAAGUCAUCAGCAUAGUCUGCAUCUGUUAUUUUCAUAGCUGGGUAGUGUUUGCUUGUCUGUUUUGUGAGGGUAAAGCCAAGUUCAUUGUUCUUGUCUAGAGCUUUACAUAAUAAAUAGUCAAGACAUAUAAUGAAUAUGUAUGGGGCUAGUGUAUCACCUUGGAGGACUCCAGCACUGAUAUCGAAGAAGUCUGUGUCUCCAUCAGGGGAGCGAACCAUAGAGCAGGUGUCCUGAUACAUUAUCAUGAUGGCAUCUACUGUUUCCUUGGGUAUUCCAUAGGUGGAAUUUUUUUUUUUUAUUUUUCUGAUACUUGCAGGUAAAUAUUCAAGAAAUGCCCUUGGUAGACCACCCCUCUCAAGAGAUGGUUGAAUGUCUUAGGCAGAUUGGGGAGCUAUCUGAGAAACAUAGUGUGGUAGAGAAAAAAAUUACUAAUGUCAUGGAAGCUCAGGAAGAAAUGGCUGGAGAGCUGGCCAAAGUGGAAGAGACUCUGCCACAGAAAAUUAGUAAAGAAGAUUUAAACAUUCCUGAUGACCUGCAAGAUCAACUGGCCUUGCUGAAGCAAGGUGUGUGAAAUAAUCUUAUUUUUAGCAUAACCAAUCUUUCACCUCAUUGUAGUCAACCAUCACCAAUUUUUUGAUAAUUACAUUUUAACAAUAAUCAUUAUUAACACUAUAAUAAUUUGGUGUUAAAAAAUUAUUCUCCAAGACAUCAUCACCUGUUAUAAUCUCACAUUGAAUACACUCUAGAAUGGAUGCAGUAACUUCACAGUGAAGUAGCUCUUUUCCAUAGCUCCUUCACUAAGGUGGUGGAGACAUUCUUUCAUUUACCAUAUAUGAUGUAGUUUAUUAAACUUAAUUUUAAAUCCUGACCAUUAUAAUUAAAUUUGAUUUGUUCCUAUUUCUUUCUAGCUACAUUUAGAGGAGUCAACAAGCAAAAGAAAAUUCAAAUCAAUUAGUUGAAACUAUGAUUUUAUACCUCAUUGAUUUUUAACAUUUGUACAUGGUGUUAAGAUUUCGCGUGUAGAUGUCAAAGGACUGACUUACAUGUCAGCUGAUUUAAAUAUCAUUUCAAAAAGGUUUGGAAUUCCUAAACACAAAUCAAGAUUUGGUAGCACUGGCAGAAAUCAAGAAAAUGGCUCAGGAUAACAAGGAGCAUGUUGAAGCACUUAAGCGUGAACUGGCCAUCCUUGCACGGCAGAGCAAACAGCAAACAGCUUUUACAGGAGUGGUCAGCCAAUCACCUGUUGUGGACAGCAGUGUUCUUGAUGCUCUAAGAGAACAUUUAAAUGAGCUCCAAAAUCAACAGGAAAAACUUGCCAUAGCAACCAGUAGGCAACACUCUGAGGUUGUAGGAGAUCUUUCCAGAAAACAGGUUGGUGUUCUGUAUUGAGAGGCAGCAUGGUUAAGUGGGGGUGGUUGGACUCUCUCCUCCAGUCCCACUCCAACCAUUCAAUGCAUUUUUCCGUGGAUAGUCCCAAGCUACCCCUAAACCAAGCUUGUAAAUAGCAAACUGGUUUUCCUCCUGCCUGAAAUCAUGUUGCCGCUGAUUUGUAUUAUCUGUCAGUCUGUAAAAAUAGUAAUAUCAUGUCACCCCUACAGAUCAUGAUGUUGGUAUGAAGGUGUAUGCUGUGUGAGUUAUUUUAGCCACUUGCAGAGCUAUUGAAGCAAAACUCCACACUUAAGAGAGCACUCAGCUGUUAAUUACUCCCUUUUGAUAUGAAUCCAUUCCUGUUUUCUGCAGGAACACAUUGAAGCCUUGUACAACUAUGUUGAAAAACUCCAAGAGAGCAAAGCGGAUAAGGAAAAUGUAGCCAUGGAAAUGGACAUUAAGGCUGAUAAGGCCUCACUGGACAGUAAAGUGAAUAUAUCAACAUUUGAUAAUACGUUUAGCAUGCUCGAUGAAGGGCUCAGAGAAGCACUACAGAAAAUGGAUGAUUACAUGAAUGAAGAAAUGGCAUUAAAACAAGCACUGAAGCAACUGUCUGUUGAUAUGUCAGAAAAGAUGGAUGGCCAAGCUUUCCAGGCACUAAAAAACUACCUGGGUGAGUCGAGGGUUGUACAUAAUCUUUUUUUCUUCAUCUUAUUUAUAUGAGAAUCCAGAUUCCAGCCCCAGCUUUCUGGAGGCUUAUUAAGCAUGCAACUUACCCAUGCAAUACCGCUAUCCACCCAACACUAAUUGAAUAGGUAAGAGAACAUUGCCACAAAAACUUCUUAGAAAACAAGGGGUAACCUCUAAUGGACCCGCAAUCCAUCCAAGGGUAGUAAUGGUCCUCCUUGUCACUGAAUGCAACAGCAACUGGGGUAAAUUCUGAAGGUGUAGACUACUUCGUACGCUUGCAGAAUUGAUUAGAAAUGUUAUCCUUCUGGAGCUGCGCCAUAAGUGUAAGAAUGGUACCAGUGAACUGUAAGGGACACUUGACAAAAUACAGAGGGGUAACCUUUGAUGGACUAACGUCCCAUCAGGAUGACCACCAACGUGAAUUCCCUGCACAUACUUUCACUUGUUGUUUGGUGACUAUGAAAAGCAUUGAAGCCCGAAUCACACGCUUUGUCGGAAGAAGAAAAAAUUGCGUUUUGGAUUUCUUGUGCGAGGAAAUAAAUUAUUGUGACAAAUGUAUCAAUUUUUUACUUUAGAACGGCGUAUAGCAGAUGUACAGAAGUCCAGGAACAUGAUUGCCGCAGAAGCAAAAGUGGAUUUUUCGGACGCAGCUGGCUUCCGCAGACCAAUCAAGUUUAACUGUAUCUCAUGUAGUAGACCUGUGGAACUUCCCCUUAGGGGACCCCUCCAGGCCAACCUGCCGGCCCCCAGAGGGGUUCGGACAAAAAGGUCCAAGGGCCCAUAUUUGUCCUAUGAAAUGGACCAGGUGAGCAUUGUUGUUUCUGCUUACUCGUUUGUUUGGUUGGUCGUUGACUGAUCGGGAAACUUCGUAAGAAACCCGUCAUUGGCUCAUUCCACUAAACACAACUAAGGUUUGAGGAGUCUAGAUUGAACGAGUUGUGCAGAAGUAUCAGUUACUCGUUUUGGUGCCAAGAAGAGGUAUCAUAUGCAGUUACCUGUCUGGUGCCAAGAUUUUAGACUAAUGAAAGUUCAACGAUAAAGAUUUCCAUGCAUGGGUUAUUUUUCUUUCCUCAGCCAGAGGAGAAAAACAAAAACAAUUAAAUUCUCGGCACAUACAUGUAUAAAUAUAGUGACAAAUAUGGUUUUGUUAAAUUUGACACAAGAUACAUAUAACAUUGUCCAUAUCAAAAAAAUGUAAGUAUCGAAUUAACCACGCACCUACCCCUCCCCUAACUCGACAACAGUAAACUGAUAACGUUGGGUUAGGGGAGGGGUAAGUGCGCAGUUGCUAAGAUACUGACAUUGAUCCAAAAUUCUUGAUCAAUUUUUUUCUUUCAUUGAAUGUAAAACUUUCCUUCGCUGUGUGUAGAUUCGUCAGUAUCAACGUGGUCACUACAGCGGUGGUAAGGCUGAGAGAACGUUGAACGACAUCAUUUCUGGUCGACCAUGCGGCGGGAGCCAUACGGUGAUGUAUUUACCAAAGAGACGGACGAGACCUACCCAGCUGAAUCAAGUGUUAGGAGGUUCGUUUACUGUGAUGAGUGGAUGGCACUAGCGGAAUCUGAAGUAUCGUUGGGAAAGUGGGACAACAAAUAUCGUUAACAGACAUAAGUUUACUCCCCUUGGACGUGCCUUUCGUUUGGAGAGUUUGAAAUAUUCGGGGUCAGAGGGAACGAACUAGGGUUUCCGCUUUGUCUUAUGAUAUGAUGCAUGAAAGAGACACUAUUAGCAUGUGUUAUAACCAAAAAGAAUGCCUGUGAUCUGAAAUAUUUAUCCUCAAGAAAUACAGAGUUUUCUCUACACUUGGUGAUCGCUGAGGUGCUCCCGAAAAUUCUGCUGUCAUUUUGUUCAAGACAGGUUCACGAUCUUUUCUUACAAGGAUUGACAUUUAGAACCCUAUCCAAACCGUUCAAGUUUGUUUCUUUAUUUAGUUCUCUCACAAUAUCCCAUACUUUACUCAGAACUUUAUACUUCUGUGGAGUGUGACGUGAUCAUUAGAUUGCAAACCCUCAUGUUUUUCAAACUUUUAGGGCAUGACGAUAAUCCAGAUAUCCCUAUCUGGGGGAGAGAAAAAUCUGUCAUUGACGUACUGAAAGGAUCUGAUGGACAUGUUUAUAAAGGCCGGUUUAAACAGGUAUGUUAUGGAGAGCCACAUCGACCCUCUAAAACUUGCAGGAUGUAUAUUAACUUUGUAUGUUUUUAUUCCUAGACAAUCCCACCCAUUGGCAAGAACUCCACCUCCCCCCUGCAUGAACACGAAGUGACGUCCCUUAAUAAGGAGGAUUCACAAGUGACGUCAUCACACUCCAACUCGGGCCCCAACUCUCUGCGCAAUAUAGUAAUGGGAGAGGUAAGGCAAGCACAGAGCAGCAAAUUGAACAUCUGACUUAAGAUGUCUUUUAGAACUUCACAAUGGCUGUGUGGUAGAGAUCGAAUCUAGUUUUGAAUCAAUUUUUUAAUUUCUCGUUUUAAUCUCCUCAACGUAUUUUAAGUAUGAGAAUGUUGUUUAGCUCACACAUUUUGCAAAGUCACGCAUUUUCCAUUUUGCUACUCAAAAAACUAAACAACUCACAUCAAUGAUUAUUCACGUAUCUGUAAAAAGAAAGCGGUAAGACUGAAAAAAAAAAUCUGAAAAACUUCUGAGGGAUAAAAUAAGUUGAUGUCGAUUGUGUUGGAAUCAGUCUACGAAAACCACGAUGAUAAAGUCAAGUGUUACUCAUUGUUGUCUUAAAUCAAUUUUCUUUAAGGAGUAGCACGUCGUAUUAUCGGAUGGUUAAAAAAGCGACAAUUUUUUCUUGUCCAUGAUUACAUUAAUGGUAAAAUGUCAUCAACUAUUUUCUCCAAUGAUCACGGAGCGCAGAUAAUUCGGAUCAUCAUAUUGAAAUUUUUUGACAAUGGCUCCCCGACCAACGACCGUGACACAAUUUAGCUUGGAUGGCUGGAAGUUUUACGCAUACUUUGAAGCGUUGAGCGGCGAAGAGAUGGAAGGAAGCGGUCAGUCUUGCAUGGCUGCCAGCUUGGUUUUGAGUUAAAACAAACGUCAAAUAUUUUCAGCAAAAGUAUGAAGUGUCUUUGUGCUUUACAGCCUGCAGAAAAACCUCCAAAAGAACAACAAGGCAGUCCACGAGAAACACAGCUGGGGAAUCAGUCACGGAGCACUUCACCAAGAACUCGCAUGAGACAUAUUGUGAAACGACACAGCUCCGGCUCACCACCUGCUCCAGUGCCUUCACCUUCUCCCCCAACCGUUCGGGAGACUGAAGCACAGAAAGCUUCACAGAAACAGGAAAGACAAGGAGAGGUAAUUUCCCUUAGCUGCUCCUUUGUAUUUCUCAUGAUUUGGUUUCAAUCAUUUUUUGGAAAUAUUUCGGUACUUCCAUCACAAUGCUGGGUAUCUUUCAUGGUGCCUAGACAAUCCAUUCCUCGAAAGAUUUUUUGAGCAUGUGACGUUUUUGGAAGUAUCUGAAUUAAAACCACUUUCAUUCCAUGUCGUAGCUGAUUAAGUUCAACCCUUGAUUUGAGUCAACACUACAAAGCUUGCGAUGGAUAAAAUGGUGUUAUUGUAGCAUGUUUGCUUUGUGCGUAUAUUAACAUGUUCUCAUUCGCGCACCACAGGACGCCCAGUCAAAGUUAUUUACGCCAGCUGUUCCAAGGCCAUCCCCCGACGGAGCCAGAGAAAACGACGACGGAGAUCCGGGUGGAACCAGAAAUGUUACGGUAGGAUUCAAUGAUGACGUCGAGUAAACAUCUUUUUUAUUGUAUUGAUGGACAUUAUAUUCCUUACUAUUCUUAAGGAACCUCAGAUGCUGCCUCCUCGCCCGGAACAUGAAGGUGGAUUCAAAACAAGCAACAAGUAACUGAUCGAAACUCGGAGAAGACCAUAAGAGAGAUUCAAAUUGUUUCACUUUACAUUUAUAUAGUAUAUUCCAGAGUCUUGUAUAUAUCGUAUAUUCCUGGAGUUACUGACUGAUUAUAUAGUACAGUUAAGAAAAUCAUCCUGAAGAAAAAGAUAUUGUAUUGAUACGAGAACAGUUAUUUUACUCCAGAGUCUUUCAUAAUCGGUUAGAUUUAAACAAGGUUUGUACCAAGACAAGCAUUCUAAAAAUAGUACGGACAUUUUUUAACUAGCUUUAAAUACUGAAAGAAAUUAUGGGAUAUGGAGUUGAAGUUUUGGAAAAAUUGAAAGAAGUACUUAACAACUACUUUUCUGCUCGAGCCAUGUUGUACUAUUGAUAAACCCGAGAAUGUCUUAGGCGUAGUCUAGGAAAUAGUAUUGAACUUUGUUUAUAAAGGGUGCUUAAACCCUGGAGAAGUUCCUUACGAGUUGAAAAGUUGAUUGGGAAAGAUGUUACAUAGUGUUUCAAUUGUUCAGUCGGUAAACCGCGGCGCAGAGCAGCAGAGGAUAGGGGUGGACUCAGGCAGCAUCAUCAGCUGCCCCCUCCCCCCCCUUACCUUUCCCUCCUUUACCUCCCCCCCCUUUACCUCCCCCCCCGGUUUUAUUGCAAGGCAAUCUGAUGCAGUUGCGCUGCUGGUUAUUGACUGCAACCCUAGAACAAAUUCAAUGAUACAUUGACAUUAUGCAAAUACCAUAGAAAUUAUUUAUCAUUCUUACCAUUAGUACUAUGAUUUUGAGGGCUGGCCCGUUUGAUUUAUUAUAGAGGUUGUUCAUAUCAUCUUAAAAGAAUGGUCUUAACCAUAAUGAGAGUGUUAUUUAUUAUCUGAUAGUCAUUCCCUUUUGAGAGAAGGAUUGAUGGAUUUUUCCUAAUAUUCACAAAGGAAGUGAAAAAUAGAGGUAUAAUUGGCCGUGUUACAGGAGGAAAGGAGUUUGUUGAAAGUCGUACUAAAUAUUAAGCGCAAGGUGUAAAUUUGUUUGAUCAGUUGUAUUGUAUUUCCCUCAAGGUUGUGAAAACGUUAUGCGUAAACUCCAUCCUAUAACUUUGGCCAAUAAAGAUAUGCUGAUAUGCAGCUCUUGGGCAC